GGGGGGCUGGGGAGAGGGGGUGGGGGGAGGGGGGAGGGGGGCUGGGGAGAGGGGAGGCCUACAGCGAGCCCCUCAGUGACACGGCCCCGGUUCUACCCCCACAUGAUCAUCCACAGCCCUGGUGACUCCAAGCAGCUUUUCUCACCCGUAAAUCGUCUCCUCAAACCUCAGCCCCCUACAGUCAGCGACAGGGCCUUCUUCUGAGGCUUUGUCUGCUGUGCUCGUCAGAAACACAUGUACUGGAGGCCCUCAUUCAGGCUCAGAUGAAAGCCGUGGAGGGCAGCAAAAGAAUCCAAAGGCUCCCGGUGAAUGGCAGCAAACCCAAGGCCUUGGAGCGCGACGUCACAGAGAUGGACCCUGCACUCCGGUUAAUGCUGCAGGAGAAGGAGAGGGCCGUGAUGACGCUGCAGGAGACUGUGGAGGUCGUCAGGCGGGUCCUGCAGGAGGAGGAGAUACGGGGGGAGCUGUGGUCGGAGCGCUCAACACCUCCAGACGAGCUGAGUCCUCUGUCAGCUCCGUCUGUGUCCCGGGAUCCGGCCGGAGACCCCGCCCCCCCCCCGGGGUCUACACGGGCCUCAGAGGGGUCCUCCGGCCCCCCAACAGCCUCCACAUGGGGAGGGUGUUGCCCUGUGGUGGUCCUCCACCUCUUGGAGGGGCUUGGGCCUUCCUCGGGAUCCUCUCUGCUCCUCUGCCCCCACACUAGCCCUCCGCACACGGAGCACACUAGCUCACUCAGAGCAGGACUUUCACUUCCCUAAACAUGUUAUCUGUGAUAGGGCUCCUCAAUGUUUCUAUAUACCGCCCCUCCCUCUGAACGUCCGCGGGGCGUCCGGGGGCUACUGGUUAAGGAGGUGGACCGGUAACCGGAGGGUGACCGGGUCGAGUCCCGACCGGUAGGUGAGCUAUGUGGACGGGGGGAGUAGUUGUGCAGCACUCUCCUCCGUCCUCGUCCACAGAGGAGGUUCCCUUGAGCAAGGCACCUGAAGCCCCCGGGCUGCACUGCGGCUGCCCACUGCUCCGGGAACGCCGGGGUACCCCCCGUGUGUGUGUGUGCCCCCGUGUGUGUGGACAAGGUCACUCCUCUGUGUGUGUGUGUUCACCAGCUCCCGGACGGGUCAAGAGCAGAGACAGAGAAUAAAGGAUACCUUAACUUAACUUAACUUAACUUCAUUUAAAUUGGAGGAAUAUGCCUCCAAUGUUCUAAAUGGGCUGUAGACUGGCAACAGAUAAUCCACAACAAUAUUAAAAACAAUAAUUGUAAUUGUUGACACACCUGAACAUCUUUGAAAACACACACACUCGCACAAACACACACACACGCACAAAAUUAAGGGUUUAGAAAUAAACAAUUUUAUUAUUUGUAUCACACUUUUUUUUAUCACAGAAACAGUAUUUAUACUGAACACUAUUUGACUGGAAUGUAUCUAUUUCCCUGAAAUGAUCCAUUA